AUGAUCCCUGUUACGUCAUGGCGAUCGCAUCGAGGUACGUCGCGCGAGCUCACCCAACACCGUCGCCCGCCGCCCCCCUGUCGCUCCCACCCAGGUCGCUCACCAAUCUAUUCGCCCCACCUCCUCGCCUCGACCGACAGCUCGGACGGAAAAUACCUCGCGACGUCGUUAUCGACGCAGGCGGUGAAGGUAUAUCAGCGCACAGAGGACGGGGGUAUCGCCGCGCUCGUCGAGCUGACCGGCCACGGCGCCGCAGUUACCGACGUGACCAUCCCUCUCCCACACGAGCCCUGCACGGUGUGCUCGUCCUCGCUCGACGGGACCGUCCGUCUCUGGGAUUGCAGGGCAGCGGAAGGUCAGCGUGAGGUUAUGAAGUUCGUCGCGGGGUUUGCCAAGGAGUUCGCCUCCGCGACGCUGGGCGGCGGGAACGACCACCUCGUUGUCGGCGCGCAGAACGAGCAGGUGGUCUUCUGGGAUCGCAGAGUGGGCACUGGGCUCGAGGUGUUUGAGGACUCACACAGUGAAGACGUGACGAGGGUCAGGUUCCAACCGGGGCGUCGCAACCGGCUCUUCACCGCAGGUGUCGAUGGUUUGGCUUGUGCAUUCGAUGUGGGGGGAUGUCCCGCGGACAUCAACGACGAGGACGGGCUUCUGACCGUCAUGCACACUGGCUGCGCUAUUGUCGAGUUGGGCUUCGUCAGCGGAGCGGGGGACGAUGACGUGUUGUGGCUGCUCACGGGUAAUGAGGACGCGUGGUUUUACGAUGCAGGCGACGACGCUGAUACGAUAGGUAACACACUUGCGUACAUACCGGACACGCGCGGCGCGGCGCAGCGCUCGAGUUUCGCCGCGGAUAUCCACGCGGGUGGGUUGUCGCAGCAGGUGGACUACCUCGUCGGGUGCUUCAGUCGAAAGGAACCGGGCGGCGGAUCCACGGUCAUGGUCGCGGCGGGGACGCAAGGGGGUGCGGUGGGUGUCUACCCGGUGGUCGCAUCAACCGACCCGGCCUCAUCACCCGCCGUGUUGGGCGCACCCAUCGCGGUGAUGGACGGCGGGCACGUCGACAUCGUCAGGGCCAUGGCGUGGAAGCCGGAUAACGCCGCAGAGCCGCCAGUGACUGGCGCGGAGGAUAGCAGGAUGUGCGCGUGGGGAGAGAAGAAGGCGGUCGAUCCCGGCGGGGACGGUGGAUACAUCCAGGCGGGGGGUAAAAUAGGGCGUGGAGACGAAGGUGGAAGGCGACACUCCCCGUAUUAG